AUGCUCAAGGACGAAGUCCGCACGCUUUCCUACCGCCAGGCCAUCCAGAACAACUCCCAUCUGUUCCGCGACAAGGUCGUGCUUGAUGUUGGGUGCGGCACAGGGAUUUUGUGCAUGUUUGCAGCUAAAGCAGGUGCAAAGAAGGUGAUUGGCGUGGACAUGAGCAAUAUUAUUGAUCAGGCUCAAGAGAUUGUGAAGGCGAACCAGCAGGAUCAUGUCGUGACUCUGAUCAAAGGCAAGAUGGAAGAUGUGGACUUGGGUCUUGGCCCUAACGGCAAGGUCGAUGUCAUUGUGAGCGAAUGGAUGGGCUACUUUUUGCUGUACGAAAGCAUGCUUGACACGGUGCUUCUCGCGCGCGACAAGUAUCUCGCACCGGGCGGUGUCAUGCUCCCUGACCAUGCCACGCUGUAUCUGUCCGCUAUUGAAGACCAGGAAUACAAAGAGGAGAAAAUUGACUUUUGGGACGACGUGUACGGUUUUGACUACUCGAUUAUCAAAGGCAUUGCGUUGCGGGAACCGCUUGUGGACACUGUCGAGCUCCGCAGCGUGGUGUGCGACCCUGCGCCGAUCAAGCACAUCGAUUUACUGACGGUUACAAAGGAGGAUCUCACAUUUGCGUCGGACUUUAAACUGCGUGCGACGCGCAAUGAUUAUGUCCAUGCCUUCCUCGGCUGGUUCGACAUUGGGUUUGAGGCUUGCCACAAGCCCGUGCGCUUCUCCACGGGCCCUCACUCGCGCUACACGCACUGGAAGCAGACUGUGUUCUACACCCCAAACACGCUCACUGUCAGCGAGGGUGACGAGAUUGAGGGCCGGUUGAGCUGCGGCCCCAAUGCGCGCAAUCCACGCGACUUGGACAUCACCGUGGCGUACCGAGUCGGUGGCGCACACCCUGCAGAAGGGGAGAUGCAAUAUAAAAUGUACGUUUGUCGUGCCAUUGGCAGGACGGUAGUAAUGCUUAUUCCCAGGUCCUAA